AUGUGCAAAAAUUGCCCUUCCUGCAGCCACGGUAUCAUCAUCAACAGCAUCGUCGACCGUGAGCACAACAUUGUUGGAGAGCUCAUCAAUUUCAUCAUCAAAUUCGUUGGCGUGGGCGACGGCAACGGCGUCAGCUACUCUUCUGGGGGCAAGCCAAACGACUGA